AUGACCUGUGGCUUCAGCAACGUGGGCUGCGGAUUCGGCCCCAGGACCUUGAGCUGCGCCUCGGCCUGCGGGCCCCGGCCCGGCCGCUGCUGCAUCACGGCCGCCCCCUACCGCGGCGUCUCCUGCUACCGCGGCCUCACCGGGGGCUUCGGCAGCCGCAGCGUCUGCGGGGCCUUCCGCGCCGGCUCCUGCGGCCGCAGCUUCGGCUACCGCUCGGGCGGCGUGUGCGGGCCCAGCCCGCCCUGCAUCACCACCGUGUCGGUCAACGAGAGCCUCCUGACGCCCCUCAACCUGGAGAUCGACCCCAACGCGCAGUGCGUCAAGCACGAGGAGAAGGAGCAGAUCAAGUGCCUCAACAGCAGGUUCGCCGCCUUCAUCGACAAGGUGCGCUUCCUGGAGCAGCAGAACAAGCUGCUGGAGACCAAGUGGCAGUUCUACCAGAACCGCAAGUGCUGCGAGAGCAACCUGGAGCCCCUGUUCGAGGGCUACAUCGAGACGCUGAGGCGGGAGGCCGAGUGCGUGGAGGCCGACAGCGGGAGGCUGGCCUCCGAGCUCAACCACGUCCAGGAGGUGAUGGAGGGCUACAAGAAGAAGUAUGAAGAAGAAGUCGCACUUCGGGCCACCGCUGAGAACGAGUUUGUGGCCCUAAAGAAGGAGGUGGACUGCGCCUACCUCCGCAAGUCAGACCUGGAGGCCAACGCCGAAGCCCUGACCGAGGAGAUCGACUUCCUGCGGCGCCUGUAUGAGGAGGAGAUCCGCGUCCUCCACGCCCACAUCUCAGACACCUCGGUCAUCGUCAAGAUGGACAACAGCAGGGACCUGAACAUGGACUGCAUCGUGGCCGAGAUCAAGGCCCAGUACGACGACAUCGCCAGCCGCAGCCGGGCUGAGGCCGAGUCCUGGUACCGCAGCAAGUGUGAGGAGAUGAAGGCCACGGUGAUCCGGCACGGGGAGACCCUGCGCCGCACCAAGGAGGAGAUCAACGAGCUCAACCGCAUGAUCCAGAGGCUGACGGCCGAGGUCGAGAACGCCAAGUGCCAGAACACCAAGCUGGAGGCUGCCGUGACGCAGGCGGAGCAGCAGGGCGAGGCGGCCCUCACCGACGCCCGCUGCAAGCUGGCAGAGCUGGAGGCCGCCCUGCAGAAGGCCAAGCAGGACAUGGCCUGCCUGGUCAAGGAGUACCAGGAGGUGAUGAACUCCAAGCUGGGCCUGGACAUCGAGAUCGCCACCUACAGGCGGCUGCUGGAGGGCGAGGAGCACAGGCUGUGUGAAGGUGUUGGAGCUGUGAAUGUCUGCGUCAGCAGCUCCCGGGGCGGGGUCGUGUGCGGUGACCUCUGCGUGUCGGGCUCCCGGCCCGUGACUGGCAGCGUGUGCAGCGCCCCGUGCACCGGGAACGUGGCGGUGAGCACGGGCAUGUGCGCGCCCUGCGGCCCGCUGAACACCACCUGCGGAGGGCGGUGUUAGGCGGCCCCCGCAUAGAGCCGGAGAAGCCCCCCUGCCUGCCGGACGCGCCCGCCGCGGGGCUCUCCCCCUCGGGUUCUGAGAAGACACCCCCCGUGGCUCCUCCGCUCACCUCGGCCCACGGCUGCCUUGGCUGCAGGCCCCUCGCGCGGAGAAGGGCUCUCCUGCCCCCGAAGGAGCACGGCUGAUGCCCACCCCCUUCCCGCCCGCCUCUCUGGUCUCUUGUCUCCUGUUGUCCCAAUAAACUGGGGGACCCGC